CCUUGAUCGACGAGCAUGACGUGGUCGUGGGUCGGCCUUGACGGGAAGAACGUGGCAGCGGUCGUGAGCCACACGCGCAUCGACCUCCUCGACACGCAGGACUUCUCGCUCCUCGGGCGCAUCGUGCCAGGCCCCAAUGCUGCCAACCAGCCCUUCCAUGACACGCCCAUCUUGCUCACGCAGUGGAACGCGCGCCGGGCGUCGCUCGUCUCGCUCUCAUCGACGGUCCUCAUGAUCCACUGCCCCGACCCAGUGGCCAAGUACGCCAAGUACCGCGUCAGCUACGCGCAUGCGUGGAGCAUGCGCUUCGAGGCCGGCGAGGUCACGCACCUCGCGCUCUCUCGCUGCUCGUACUCGAUGCUCAUGGGCGGCCCGCGGGGCAUCUCGCUCUGGGAGUGCUCGCCGAACGACGAGUCGGUCAAGUACUCGUGCGUAUGGCGCAAGCAGACGCCGUGCGACCAGCUCGCGUUCUCGCCGUCUCGAUGUGUCUUUGCCACUGCCCAAACCGGCGCGACCGAGGUGUACGUGUGGCGGCAAGAGCAGCACGACGACGGCUCCAACAUUGACAAGCAAGUGCUGUGCCACGACGAAGGUGUCGUGUACAUUUCGUGGAAGCCGGCGACGCACAACGACGCGACGACGAGCGACGACAGCAACGGCCAAGUGCCCUCCAAGUGGUUCCAGCCCGAGCGCAUGCUCUUAACGAUGACGGCCGAGAAGACGAUCCGCAUCUGGACCGAGAAGGCCAGCGGCUGCGGCACGCCACUCAUGCAGUGCGUCGUCUUCAUCCAGCCGCAAGCGAACCUUGACAUUGCGAUGACGCGCUGGGUGCUUCCGCGCACGCGCAACAUCAGCGAGGAGCUCUUUACAUCGAGCAAGGACGAUAGCAAUAAGCAGAAGAAGACGCGCGAGUGGCUCAGCGUCAUCGACACCAGCGGCGUGCUGCACGUGUGGCAGCUCACAGGCCUCGACGCCAAGCCGCGGCUCAAGAAGACGGACUUCACGUUCAAAGUCGACGGCAACGAAGACGACGGCACGCGCUCGGUCAUCAAGCAGGUCCAAGUGAUUGGGUACUUUUCACAGACAGGCGCGGGGGACCCGUCGGCGCUCUCGAUUUUGCUCGAGCGCACCGACCACGUGCUCUUGUCGUACCGUAUCGACUGCAGUUCGCUCAAGUAUCCGAUCCUCAAGGACAAGAGCUGGCACCGCGGGCAUACCGAGCCCAUCACGGCGCUCGCCACGCACCCGUCGCUGCCUCUAGUCGCGACCACGAGUGCGCGGGAGAUCAUGGUGUUUUGGCUCUCGCUCUCGACGUUUACGAACGUCUCGAAGCUCGUGCCGUCGUGCAUCAUGACGUGCGACGAGCAGAUCGCGUCGAUCCAGUGGAUUCCCACAAAGCACUUUGACGCUGUGCCACUGCUGCUCGUCACGAUGGCGUCCGGCGUCUUCCAGGUCUACAGCACGACCGGCGCCGACCAAGGCAAGAUGCUCUCGUCGCCCAAGCCAGGUCUAAGCAACCGUCUCCGCCUUCCAAGCAUGCACUACCCCUGGACGUACUACUCGCACGAGCUGGGCGAGUCGGGCUUCGAGUACGAGGUCGGCUUAAAGCCAGACCCGCACUUUGGCUUGGGCCUGACGUUCGACACGCUCGGCGAGAAGCUCGUUGUGACGGCGUUUGUGCACGGCGACGAGGACCAUAAUCACCGCCUGCCCGGCCAAGCGAGCGGCCAGAUUGACAUGCUCGACCAGUGCAUUGCUGUCAACGGCGUCAGCGUCAAGGGCUUCUCGCUCGAGCCGUUCCGCAACCUCGUCUAUGACACGAUCGCGUCGACGGAAGGACCCGUGACCUUGCGCUUCCGCUCGAGCGGUGGCAACUUUAAUGACGUGGCGCGGCGUGCGCUCGAGCUUGACGACGCGACGCCCGUCGUCGACACGGGCGAUGACGACGAUGACGACGACGAUGACGAGGUCGAUGACGGCGACGACGUGUCACACGAAGACCAUUCGCAGCAAGGCCGGCGGCUCCUCGCGCGCGUCCAGAGCAAGACGCUUCUCGGCGUCGACAGCGUCGGCUCCGUGAGCUUGUACGGCGGGUGGCGCGUCAUCGGGUCCGAGGCCACCGGUUGUGUGUACGAGCACGUGUCGGUGGCGCCCGUCUACUCGGACGCUGGCGCGUACACGUCGGACGUUGUGCUCAUUUUCGCGAUCGAAGCCGCUUCCCAGGAGCUCCACGCGUUCCUCGGCACGUACCUUCCGUCGACGCACGCGACGUUUUACCUCCACAAGCUCGAAAUGGUGUCGAACGUCCGCAGUACGAUGGGCCACAUCACCGUGCUUGGCACAGAGCGCGACUACCGCCAGCGCGCUUUCUCGUCCAUUGUCAAGGCGGCGCCGAGCGACGUGACGUGGAACGCGCUCCUCUUUGUGGGCGACGCAUCCGGUGCGAUCCAGCACUGGCGCUGCCGUGUCACGCACCAGACCAUCGACUUUUCGCUCAUCCACGCGUGCGAGCCGCUUUCGACGCCGAUACCGUCGUCGUCGUCGUCGUCGUCGUCAUCGUCGUCGUCGGUGACGCCGCAUCAUUUCUAUCGGCGCGGCCAAGCCAUGCCGUCGGAAGCCGUGACCACCGGCGUGUACCACAUUGAAAUGGACGACCCGAACCGUCUCGCGGUGCUCUACGCGGACCGCCCGAACGAUGUGUUUGUGUGGGAAGGCGAGUCGGGGCUUGGGAUUCUGCGCCUCGAAGCGUGCAUCUCGUCGCAAAGCAACUGGGGCCCCGUCACGUCGUUCAGCUGGUGCUCUGGCCACGUCGAGUUUCACAUUGACCCGCUCGCGAUCCAGUACGCUGGCGGCGUCGUCAUCUACACGUACGACGCGCAGCACCAGACGUGGCUCCCGCUCUCCAAGCCGAUCGUGACGGGCCUGACCAUGUUUGACUGCACGCGCGAUGCCUCCGCGCUCAUCUUGGCCUGCGGCGUCUCGGACGGACCGCUGUAUGCGCGCGCGGCGCUCAACGACACGCCGACGAUCGUCGGCAAGUGGGACGAGCCAGGUCGGCUCCGGAAGCGCGACUGGGUGCAGUACUGGAAUCGCACGACGAAACCAAAGCACUGUCCCGUGUGGCACCCGUACGUGCUGCUCACGACGCUCUGCGGCCUUCCAGCGCGCGUCGGUCUCGUGCACACGGCGCUCGCCGACUACCGUCCAGCGUUCGACUUUCACCACGCGUUCAACGAGACCGUCCAGCUGCUCAAGCUGCUGGCGCGUGUGCUCGAAGACGACAUGUCGACCGACAUGAGCGCGCAAACCGGCGUUCUCAUCGUGCUGCAAGAGACGCCGACGGCGCCGGCGUCGCUCCUCGGUCGCUACGCCAACGCUAAGGGCAACCAGCCACGCAGCAACCGCGCGAUGGACCUCUUUGCGCCGUCGCCGCCGACGCGCGUGGCGCCGCCAGCUCCGAUGGACGACAGCGUCCUCAACAACCGCGAUAUCGGGACGCUAACGACUGCGAUCGAUGCGGUGCUGCGACGCUUGACGCAGAAAGUCCAGGUGCGCUACGAAGAGCAGGAGCACCGGAACGCGUACGUGCUCUUCGAGUCGUUUGAGAUUGAGCACGGGCUCCAGUUCAAGGCCGUGCUCUCGUUUCUGCAAAAAAUGCAGCACCUCUCGCUGAACGGGUAUGAUGUACCGGCGCAGCGCUACGUGCUCGGCCACGUCCUCUCGACGAGCCUCCAAGACGUGCUGCAUGACGCCGACGACCUGGCCGGCGUCUUUGCGAUGCCCGUCGUUCCGAUCGACGAGACGGGCGUCGCGGUCGCCGGCGGACCGCCACAGACGGUCGAGGGCUUCCUACACGACGUGCCGGCGUCGAGCGUGUCGUGGGCGCUCCAGUCCGAGUCGCAAAACGUGCUCAUCGAGCAGUGUCUGCACCCGCAAGCGCUCUGGGACGACCUCAAGCCCAUGUGGCUCGGCCUCUGGGUGCGCGACCCGGCCAAGCUGCGCGAGAUUGUCGAGCGGAUGGCCAAGUGCACGUUUAUGCGCACGCGUGACGCGAUGAGCGUCUGUCUUCUCUACUUGGCGCUCGGCAAGAAGAACGUGCUGAGCGCGCUCGCCAAGGUAUCGCGCGUCGAGUCCAACAAGACGCUGGCCGAUUACGAUUUCUCCGAGGAGCGCUGGAGCUCGGCGGCGGUCCGGAAUGCCUACUCGCUGCUUCGGAAGAAGCAGUACGACCUCGCUGCCGCCUUUUUCCUCUUGCCGCAGCCGCCGCGGCUCCAGGAAGCGCUGCGUAUCUGCAUUGGCCGGCUCAACGACCCGAGCCUCGCCAUGAUCAUUGCGCGCCUCGUCGAGAGCACGAGCGUCUCGUCGACGUUUGAGGCCUCGGACAUUUACAACGUCGGGCCGCUCACGACCGAAGUGCUCAAGACGAGUCUCGUGCCGCUCUUCCGGGAGCAAGAGAACCGGUGGCUCGAAAGCACAGCGCUCUGGUGGCUCGGCGAGUACGAACAAGCCUCAGCUGUACUGACGCCGAGCGGCCAGCCCAUCGACGUCGUCGACCUCGGUGCGCUGCAUCGCAUGCUCGCAGAUGCCAAGCCCAACGAGGCGCAGGCACCGCACAUGAGUAUCGCGCUCCGCACCAAGAUGAGUCUGGACUUUUUCAUCAAUUUGACGUCGCUCUCGCUGCACUACCAGUACCUCUACUGCGAAGUGAAGCGGCCGCUCGUGCAUUUCGCCUACUCGUCGAUCCUCGAGUCGGCGCCGCACAAGAAGGAAGAAGAUGUGCUCACGACCUCGACCGACGUCGACCACGCGUACUCGUUUGGCGCGUACGUGUGCAAGCACGUGGGCCUGAACGACACGGCGCUGCUGCAGAUGCUCCAGGCGCGGCAUCUGCUCAACAUCCAUGUCAAGAAGAACUUUAUGCACAUCAUUGACGCGCAGCACCAAGCGCCAUCGCACCUCUCGUCGCCGCGCAGCGAGAUGGACGUGUACCGGCGCCAGCACAACUGGUUUCUCGAGCCCAAGACAUCGUCGUCGUCGUCGUCGAACGCGCUCUUUGGGUCGCCGCGUAGUGCCAACACGGACCGCACGAGCUUGACGGAAGAGGAUUGGCAGGAUCUGCUGCACGGCGCCACGUCACCGUCGUCGACGGACGAUGUGCCGAGUCUCUGGCCCAAGCACGAGAUUGCCGACAUUGAGUGCCGGCGCUGGUCGUCCUCCGCGUUCGUGGGCAAGAUGAUUGGUCUCCGCGUCGCGCGCGAGAUGAUCUCGCACUUUCGGCUCUCGGUGAAGCGGCACAUCCACCCGCUCUCAACGCGCGUCCGCAUCGACCACGUGAGCUACCUCAACGACCUUUGCGCGCCGCUCUGCGCCCAGUUCCGCGUCGACCGCCAGUACAUCCUCGAGGCGACGCUCGGCGUCUUGCAGCCGCACGCGCAGAUGCACAUGGUCGAGUGCUGCUUCCUCUUGUCCGAGCUUUCGCGCGACGCGGUCAUGCACGAGUGGGUCAACUUUGUGAGCCUCAACAUGCUGCACUCGUCCGCGAGCUUUACGACGUGCCAGAUCUCGGCCGAGGUCUUCCGCGACUGGGAACACCUCACGAUCCAGCUGUGCUACCUCCAGCACCUCUUCGAGGAAGGCACGCUCGAGCUACCAAAGACGUUGCGAGCGGUCCUCGGCCUUGCGAUUCGGCUCGGGAGCUUGCUCCUCGUGUGGUGCACCAACCAGCCGCAGCUGCUUCUCGACGUCACGUCCCAGUACGAACAGACGUUUGCGGCCAACUUGGCGAUCCUCAAGCAGGUCAACAUGAGCGCCGUGACCUUUCUCGAUCGGUCGGGUGCGUGCAACAUCUCCAACUUUGGCUACUCGUUCUUGGAGCAGUUUGCGGCCGUCCAGCCGUCGACGCACCUCCUCCAAGUGCGCCGGCUGUACACGACGAUCCUCAUGGUGCAACUCAUCCGGACGCUCUUUUGCAACGGCAAGAAGGUGCUGGCGGACGCGUUCGAAGUCGAGUACCCGCUCGACGAGACGACGCAGCACGUCAUGAUGUACAAUGCGCUGUAUGCGCCCAAGAAGCUCUGGAAGCACUGGGUCGACGCGCCGCUCACGGGGCUCAAGCGCUGGUACCUCUCGAUGGAGGCGCACGUGUUGACCGAGUUUCACGACAUUGUCAAAGAUGCGAGCUGCUUUUGCGGCCAUUUCGGCUUGGACCAACUCGUGCGCCCGGUCGAUGUGCCUCCACCCGAGCUCGCGACGCCCGACCUCUCGACUUGGAGCGACGAAAUGGUCAUGCUGUACAUGAACCACCCGAAGCUCGGGGUGAGUAUGACCAUGCGCCGCUUCCGGCUCGAGCCGCGCGUGUACGUGCCGUGCUUUACACUCAAGGACGCGUUUGCGUGGCUGUCGGCGCACCACCUCUGCGCGACGGUCGAGGAGGCGCAGGCGCUCCUCGGGCGCUGGUGCCUCAACCACAAGCUGCGCUGGCUCGUUCGGCGUCGGUCGCGCCUCGCCGCGCCCGCGGUCGAAGUCCACGUCGCACCCAACAUCCACCACACCAUGUCGCUCCAUGUGCCGCCGCCAGUCGUCGAGAAGACGAGCAUUUCGCCGGAAGCGAUUCCGGACGAAGCCUUCUUCUUUGUGAACCCGUGGGAAGUCGAUGCGCCGGCCAACCUCGCGCGCUACAUGCUCGGGAUGGACCCCACGUCGCCGCCCAAGAAGCAAGCGACGGCGCCGCCGUCGCGCGUGGAUCUGGGCUGGGAUACGUUUUUGCCCAUGUCGGAUCAGAUCUGCGAAGAAGCCGCGGGGCUCAUGUUCCCCGACAGCCACAUGCGCGAGGUGUGGAAGACGCUUUGCGGCGAGGGCUGGUUCGUCACGGCCGUCCAGCACUUUGACGCGGACGGCGGCUACAUCAAGACGAGCAGUCGCUGGAAGGAGACCGUGACGCACGCGCGCUGGCUCACGGAUGUCUUCAAGCAAGUGCAGCGCAACAAGCUCUUCCGGCAUCUGGGUCUCCCGCACCGUCUCGUGGCCGUCCUCACGAUCAAGCUCGUGGCGGGCACGCAUCUGAUUCCAAGCGACCUCUUGGGCUACUCGGCGGACCCGUACGUGUUCUUCCAGCUGUCGUACCCGCGGCUCGAGACGCCGCGCCCGACGCCCAACGGGUGGGCCAUCAGCACGUACCGCAGCCGGCACGCGGUCUCGACCCUCGAGCCGACGUGGAACACGGCGGAUGACGUGUUUGUCUACCGGUUUGCGCUGCCCGUGCACGAAGCCCACGCGCCGGAUAUGCCGCUAUCGUCGCCGUCGCUGGAAGCGCUGCAGCAGCAGGCGUACUCGGGGCCGCCCACCGAUCUCUACUGCUCGGUCUACAACAAGUGCAAGGUCCGCAGCCACCCGUUCAUGGGCCAGACCAAGGUGAGCUUGCUGGAUCUGGCCGAAGACCAUCCGCUCGACGUCUGGGCGCCGCUCCAAGACGUGGCCAGCGGCUCGCUCCAUCUCUCGAUUUCGGUCAAGUACCAGCUCAUGUCGUCGACCUCGUACGAAGAAGACUUUGUGCUACCGCGCAACGUCGAGUGCGAUCUCUGCCAGGGCGACGUGGUCAUCGACGGCUCCCCCACCGACCACACACCGACCAACAACAACACGCCAUAGAGCCGCAUUUUGUGCAUAUGUAUAUAGAUAUAAGAAGAGUGUCAUGGCUGCGGCUCCAUCGUCUCCAGCGC